AUGUACCGGGUGGUAGUCACCGGUAUGGGCGCAGUGACGCCAUAUGGUGCAGGAAUAGCUGCCCUGACCAAAGGCCUAAUGGAAGGCCGAUCUGCCUUGAAAUUCUCGGAGCAACUUGGAUUCGUGGUUGGUGCGAUUCCUGAAGGAUCAGCGGAUUUUGACCGAUGGAAUGCUGGACAGAAGCGAGAAAUGAGUCGGGCUAGUCAACUAGCCUUAUUAGCUGCUGAUGAGGCGAUGUCUUCGUCGAAGGCGGAAAAUCUGGACCACAAAGACACAUUAGUAAAUAUUGGUACAGGAGUGGCAGAUCUUAUGGAGAUAUACAAAACAGCAGGGUUGGUGCAAGGUGGCAAAUCAAGAAGAGUUUCACCAUACUUCGUGCCAAAAAUCCUAACCAACAUGCCGGCUGGAUAUGUAGCUAUGAAGUGGGUGCCUACACUUUAG